UGAAAUUGCCUUAGUUUCGUGGGCACCAAUUAUUGAUAAUGAUAAAAUCAGGGCUGGGGCGCGCGACGAGGCAAUUCUUCACGACGACGACGCUACACGGCUUCAAGUAUCUCUGCUCGGGAUUCCAUUCAGAUCGCGUAUGCUGGGUGAGCUGGUGUGUGGCCAGCGCGUGCUGCGCGGGGACGCUCUGCGCCGUGCUGUGGGCGCGCUUCCUGCAGGUACCGGCGUUGCUGACUGUACGGUCGGCCACCUCGGCGCCGGCUCCACUGCCCGCUGUGGCCGUCUGUCUCCCGCCGGCGAGCGUCGCCUUCCUUCUUGUCGGACACUUGUCGGCAGACAAUUCAAUCACCCGCCGCCUCACCAGCACCUUCGCCAACAUCCUCCAAAGCAAGAAGACCAAGCCCGAGAACCUGAUGCUCCUUGACACUCUCCUCAAGUCCCACAACGUGACGCUCCUGGAGGCUCUGUAUAGGAACAUGCCCCCGUGCAGGGAGUUUGCCAAGAAGUGUCGGUGGCAGAAGAAGGAAAUACCUUGUGGCAAGCUGUUCCAUAGGGAACUCACCAUGUACGGAGUUUGUUGCGUCAUGAAGUCUAAUAAAUUGAAGCUGCCGAAGACCCCGAUGGCGAUGCUGGACAGCAGCAAGACGUUCCGCAUGGUGCUGCAGUGCUCCAAGCCCCGUGUGUUCUUCGGCUGCGAGUUCUUCACCAUGUACGAAGGCGAGGAGACGGUGAGCACGGUGACGCUCGUGCCCGGCGCCGAGUACACCGCGCAACUGGCCUUCACGUCCGUCCAGGACUCCGAUUCCGAGGAGCUGGUCACCGGCUCGUGUGUCUCCAGUGAUUCCUACUCCCGCAAGAUGUGCCUGGACACAUGUAUGGAGCGACAUUGUGGCUGUUCCAACCCUCUCCGGACUAUAUUCGAGGACAAGUACAACGUGCCUCCGGCCUGCCAGCUGUGGAAGCUCGGCUGUCUGCAGAGAACAGAAAAUUCAUCAUGCAGCUGCCUGCCGUCUUGCAGAAAAAUUUCAACAGCCUUGUCGCUCGAAAACAACAUCAUGAAAUCGGCAGAGUACACAUUUGAUCCUCUCUACCAAGGCAUCAACGUGUCGUCGGAGACGGUGAUCAAGCUGCGCGUGCUGGAGGGCGGCUCCAAGAUCUUCACGCGCCAGCCCACCGAGACUUGGUUCACGCUGCUCUCGUCCCUGGGCGGCGUGUUCAACAUGUUCCUGGGCGUGGGGCUGUUCAGCGCGCUCGAGCUGGUGUUCUUCCUGCUGGUGCGGGUGCCGGCGGCCAUGAGGACCGCACCCGAGAUGCAGCUGCCAGGCACUCACGUCACCCACGUGCAGGCAAGCCAUUGA